AUGGAGAAAGAAUUGCUCAAUAUCUGCUGGGCGCUCUUUCAAUCUUCUUUGAAGAUCAGUCAUGCGGUCUGCGUUGGCAAGUCCCUCGAAGAGAGACCUGACCACGAGAUAUACCCAGGGGAACACGCCAAAAGUUUUGUCAACUAUGUCACAAACAAGUCGAGGGGCACGUUCCAGUUCCAUAGACAGCAGGCGCGAAAAUUGCAGAUGAUUAUAAAGGUGUCGUGUGCAAAUAUUUCUAUAUCACCACGGGUUAAGUCUUGCAACGAUCGUUUCGGAAAGUCCUCGAAAGCAUCUUGGAAGAUCAGUCAUGGACGGCCGGAGGCGAUGAUCUUGAUGUUUCAGCACAUCAAUCAAAACCCGGUGGUCACUGUCAAACUCGUCAAGCCCAUCAAUGAGGAAGCAGAACUUCGUCUUGGACUCGGUCUUCUCCAGUUGCUUAAAUGCAUCCAUGGCUGA